GAAGAACUAUGAGGAAUGUGUCAUCACAUGUUGCUACUGUAUGUGACGCCUGAGGCUGCCCUGAGGACUCUGCAGAAACAUGAAGGAACAGCAUCAUGGACUACUUGUCUUCUUACUCUGUGCGUCCUGGAUGUAUGGACUGCAGCCGGGCCAGCCGUCCAGCAGUCUCAACGGCAGCAGCAGUCUCGCAGGUCCAGACAGAUGUCUACCCUGUCAUCCCCAUCAUCCGGCAACCUGUCAGAAAGCGCAGAGAGCAAAGUGGAGCGCCUCGGGCAGGCUUUCAAGCGAAACGUCCGCGAGCUGCGUGAGAAAAGCGCCUGUUUGGACCUGGUUUUUCUGGUGGAUGAGUCCUCGAGCGUGGGGUCCAACAACUUCCAGAGCGAGCUCAGGUUUGUACGCAAGAUGCUGUCUGACUUCCCUGUGGCGCCGGAGAACACGCGCGUGGCGCUGGUGACCUUCUCGUCCAAGACCCACGUGGUUUCAAGGGUGGACCACAUCUCAGCGCCCAAGUCCCACCAACACAAGUGCUCCCUGUUCAACCAGGAGAUCCCGGCCAUCAACUACAGAGGAGGAGGCACCUUCACCAAAGGAGCUUUCCAGAGAGCAGCGCAAAUUCUCCGUCACUCCCGUGGGAACGCUACCAAGGCAAUCUUCCUCAUCACGGAUGGGUACUCUAAUGGUGGUGACCCUCGACCAGUGGCAGCAGCUCUGAGAGAGCGAGGCGUUGAGAUCUUCACUCUGGGCAUCUGGCAGGGUAACAUCAGGGAGCUCCAUGACAUGGCCUCACAACCCAAGGACCAGCACUGUUACCUGGUGCACAAUUUUGCUGAGUUUGAGGCUCUUGCUCGUCGGGCUCUGCAUGAAGACCUACCAACAGGGAGUUACAUCCAGGAGGACCUAUCCCGGUGUUCCUCCCUGUGUGAUGAGGGCAAGGAUUGCUGUGACAUGAUGGCCAGCUGUAAGUGUGGUACCCACACCGGACAGUACGACUGCAUCUGUGAGAAGGGAUACUACGGCAAGGGUCUGAAGCACGAGUGCACAGCUUGUCCACCUGGUACUUACAAACCAGAGGCAAUACCGGGAGGAUUGACCACCUGCCUGUCAUGUCCUGACGCAAAGCACACCUCCCAGCCUGGCAGCACAACCCUCGAUGACUGCGUCUGCAAGCCGGGCUAUCAGCCAAUAGGCAUGACCUGUCAGGUGGUAUACUGCCCAGCACAGACUCCUCCAGAAAAUGGCUUUUUUGUCCAGAAUGUGUGCAACAACCACUUUGAGGCUGCCUGCGGGGUUCGAUGUCAGCCGGGUUUCGAGCUUCAUGGAACCGGUAUCAGACUGUGUCAGGCUGACGGCUCCUGGUCAGGGACACCUGCGAGUUGCAGAGUGCGCUCCUGCCCGCCCCUCUCCCGGCCCCAGCACGGCCUACUGCGGUGCAGCGACGGUGGGGCGUCCUACAGGACACAGUGUCAGGUCGGCUGUGAGCGAGGCUAUAGAUUAGAGGGAAACUCCACAGUCACCUGUCAGGCCAACUCCCAGUGGAGUGGACUCCUACCUCGGUGUGUGGAGGUUCAUUGUCCCCCCAUCCUUAACCCAAAGAACAACAUCUUACUGUCACCCCCCGCCUGCGGGAAAAGAGCCAUAUCACCAGGCUUCAUUUGUCAUAUCACCUGUCGCCAAGGUUACAGUCUCCAGGGAAACAGGAGGGCAGCAUGCCUGAGCUCUGGGAACUGGACCACUAAUGUCCAUAAAGCUGUCUGCAAAGAUACAGAGCCGCCGCUGCUUCAGUGUCCUGCAGAUAUUGUUGCAGAGACCGAUGAACGGCGCGGCACCGCUAAUAUCAGCUGGAAUGUCCCAACUGCCAGCGACAACUCUAAGGAAGAGGUGGUGGUGCAGGUGAAACCUGUCUACAACCCCCCUCAGCUGUUGCCCAUUGGAAAGGAAAUGAUCACCUACAUUGCAACUGACCGCUCCGAGAACCAGGCCAACUGCUCCUUUACAGUCACUGUGAUUGAUACUGAACCGCCAUUCAUUGACAGGUGUAGGUCGCCCCCAACAGUCCAGGCCACAAACACAGAAACGGCCGUCGUCUGGGAAGUACCACAGUUUUCUGAUAACUCAGGUGGUCGCCUAACUUUGACCAGUAGCCAUAAACCGGGCUUUCUGUUCCCAGUAGGAGAAACUCUGGUCCAGUACACUGCAACUGAUGCAGCAGGAAACCGCCGCAUUUGCAACCUCACCAUAACUGUGCAAGGGACUACUUGUGACCAGCCGUAUGUCCCAGUAAAUGGAGAGUUCAUCUGCUCUGAGGAAGAGGAAGGAGUUAAUUGUACUCUACAGUGUAAAGAGGGAUAUAGCUUUGCUCAACAUGCUGUACACAGCUACUUCUGUGCCUACAAUGGUGUUUGGGAGCCGGCAUACACUUCAGACAGACCAGACUGCUCAUUGAACCGUAUAGCGAACAAUGGGUUUAAGCCCUUUGAGAUGCUGUUCAAAGCAUCUCAAUGCGAUGAUGCAGACCUGAUCAAGUCGUUUGCUGGUGAUUUUAAUGCCAAGCUGGGGACCAUGCUUCCCACUAUUUGUAGCAGUGAUGAAAUCACCUGCAAACUGGAGGUCAUGUCCCAGGGUCACUGUCUAGAGUACAACUAUGACUAUGAGAAUGGAUUUUCUAUUGCACCAGGAGGCUGGGCCAAUAACUGGGGCUCUCAGGGUGCACAGGACUAUGCCUACUUUGAGUCAGGCUUUGCCACAGGGACCCGGCAGCUCCCAAGUCGCCAGCAAGAUGGCAGCAUGAGACCUCACCAACGCACCAAGAGGCACCGAAAGAUCAGAGGUCCAACCAGAGACCACAAGAUCCAAAUUUAUUUCAACAUCACAGCAAGCAUCCCUUUGCCCCUGUCGAGGAAUGACUCAGUCGAAGUGGCCAAUCAGAAGAGGCUUCUGCGAACUCUCGAGCAGCUCACCAAUCGUUUGAAACGAACACUGGCGAAACAGCCAUUGUCCAGUUACCAUAUAUCUUCAGAGAUGAUCGUUGCUGACCCGAAAACGCUUGAGGGCAAAAAGGCCUCGCUAUUCUGCAGGCCAGGCUCAGUGCUCAAAGGCAGAAUGUGUGUUCAAUGUCCAGUGGGCACAUAUUUUUCUCUGGAACACAACGAGUGUGAGAGCUGCUGGCUGGGGUCCUAUCAGGACCAGGAAGGUCAGCUGGAGUGCAAGUCCUGCCCAGAAGGAACAUCUACAGCCUAUCUACACUCCCGCAGCAUCACUGAGUGCAAAGGGCAGUGUAAACCUGGCAGUCACUCCCUGAAUGGGCUGGAGAUCUGUGAGUCCUGCCCGCUGGGUCACUUCCAGCCUGGUUAUGGUGCCAGGAAAUGUUUAGUCUGUCCUGGUGGAACAUCCACAGUCACCAGAGGAGCCGUGGAUGAGACGGAGUGUGGAGUUCCCUGCAAGGCGGGUCAUUUUUCUCGCACUGGUCUGGUUCCCUGCUACCCGUGUCCAAGAGAUUACUACCAACCUGAUCACGGACGCUCAUACUGCCUCUCCUGUCCUUUCUAUGGGACCACCACAAUAACCGGGGCGUCCAGCAUACAGCACUGCUCCAGUUUUGGCUCAAGCUUCCUCGCAAAGGAAGAGAGUGUAACUGCUGCUCCAGAAGUGGAGGUCAGUGAGGAAUACCAAAUCAGCAGUCAGGUUUUCCAUGAGUGCUUCCUGAAUCCCUGUCAGAAUAAGGGAACAUGUGAGGAGGUUGGAGCAGGAUACGUCUGCACCUGUAUGCCUGGCUUCACAGGUGCAAAGUGUGAAGUCGACAUAAACGAAUGUGACUCUGCUCCCUGCCAGAAUGGAGGCCUGUGUAGGGAUGGGAUGGGAGACUUCCAGUGUCAGUGCAAACCUGGCUUUUUGGGCUUCCUGUGUGAAGGUGAGAUAAAUGAGUGCAUCUCCUCCCCAUGUCUAAAUGAAGGUGUGUGUGUGGACGAAGUCAAUAAGUUCACCUGCAGCUGUGCUGACGGCUACACAGGCUCUCGCUGUGAACUGGAAAUCAACGAGUGCCUGUCGAGCCCGUGUUUGAAUGGAGGUGUGUGUGAAGAUUGGACGGGAGGUUACAGCUGUAACUGUGCUGUUGGGUUCUCUGGGGAUCGCUGUGAGAUCAACACGGAUGAUUGUUACAGCUCUCCUUGUCUCAAUGGAGGCUCAUGUAUAGAUGCUGUUAAUAGUUUCAGGUGUGAGUGUGUGGAGGGCUUUCAAGGCAGGCUGUGUGAGGUGGAUGUGGACGAGUGCACUCCCAACCCCUGUGUGAACGGAGCCAGCUGCUUUGAUGGUCUGGGGUCCUACACCUGCCGCUGCCUCCCUGGGUUCAACGGAUCCAGGUGUGAGACAGAGAUGUCCUCUGCCUUCAACCUGGACUUUGAGGUGUCUGGUAUCCAUGGUUAUGUGAUGAUGGAUGGAGUAAUGCCAGCGCUGACAGAAAUCACUUGCACCUUCUGGAUGAAGUCAACAGACACCACUAAUUAUGGCACCCCUGUUUCCUACGCCGUAGAAGGCAGCGACAAUGCUUUCCUUUUAAUAGACUACAAUGGAUGGGUGCUUUAUGUGAAUGGUAAGGAGCGGAUUACUGACUGCCCUGCUGUAAACACGGGUCAGUGGUACCACAUUGGUGUGUCAUGGAGGAGCUGGGAUGGCGAUUGGAGGAUUUACAUCAACGGGAAGCCCUCAGAUGGAGGCAAAGGCCUGUCAGUCGGCACCACUAUCCCAGGUGGAGGAGCUCUCGUUUUAGGUCAGGACCAAGAUCAGAGAGGUGAGGGCUUCAACCCAGUUGAAUCUUUUGUUGGCUCCAUCAGUCGGCUCAACAUCUGGGAUCGUGUUCUUACUCCACAACAGAUUAAGGUCCUGGCCAGCAGCUGUCCAGCUUCCCAUGUGACACACAGAGGAAACGUCCUGGCUUGGCCUGACUUUCUUAAUGGGGUGGCAGGCCGAGUCAAAGUUAACCUUAACAGUAUUUUCUGUGCUGAUUGCCCCAGGUUGGAGACUGCUGUGCCCCACCUGCACGCCUCCAGCGUGGAGGUAAGCCCCGGUGCCCAGGUGCAGCUGUCCUGCGAUCCUGGCUUUUACCUGGUUGGGGAGCCAGUGCUGCAGUGUCAAAACAAGGGAGAGUGGAGCCACCCACUUCCAAUCUGUAAAAGAGUGUCGUGUGGACCUCCUCGUCCUCUGGAGAAUGGCUUGUACCAGGGUUCAGAUUUCCAUGCUGGCAACUCUGUGGUCUAUCAGUGUAAUGCUGGCUUUUACCUGCUGGGAGACACCAAGGUGCACUGCAGCAAUAGCGGCAAGUGGGGAGGACAUCCGCCCGCCUGUCUGGAUGUGGAUGAGUGUGCCCUGGGGUCUGACUGUGACAAUCAUGCCAGCUGCCAGAACACGGACGGCUCGUACAUCUGCACCUGCAUUCAUCCGUACACCGGAGACGGCAAAAACUGCACAGAGCCAGUUAAAUGCCAGAACCCUGGGUCGCCAGAGUUUGGUCACAGAGAUGGCAGCAGCUUUCUGAUGGGCAGUGCAGUGGUGUUUGGUUGUGAUAACGGCUAUGAGCUGAUUGGCUUUUCGCGACUCCAUUGCCUUCAUUCAGGAACCUGGGACAAUCCUGUUCCUUACUGCAGAGCUCUCUCCUGCCCGACUCCAUCUCUUCCUGAAAACUCUGUCAUGACAGGAAACAACUUUACCUUUGGAAGCAAGGUGACUUUCAGCUGUAAAAUGGGCUUCCUGCCACAGAUCCCCUACGAGUUCCAGUGUCUCUCGACUCUGAGAUGGAGUGGGACGCCGCCUGUCUGUUACCUGGUGACCUGCGGGGGGCCGCCAACUGUGGAGCAUGCAAACUACGUCCUGGACACAAACACCUACCUCUCUCCUGUUAAAUACACCUGUGUUGAGGGAUACAGACCACAGGGCUCCAUGGAAGUGGUUUGUGAAGCGACAGGCGAGUGGAGCCGACCCAUUCCUCGCUGUGUGAGCAUCCUGUGCAGUGAGCCGCCAGCACUUAAAGAUGCAGUGAUUGUUGGAGAAAACUAUGAAGUGGGAAACAAAGUUCACUAUGUCUGCAAAGAAGGGUACACUCUGAUUGGCCCAGAAACCAGAGAAUGUCUAGCCACUGGCCAAUGGAGUGAAGGCUUUCUGCAGUGUGUUCCUCGCUCCUGUGGCCCACCUCCCGCUAUCGACCAUGCCGUGCCCCAUGAGACUCACAAGCUGUUUGGAGACACAGCCAGCUACUACUGCACAGAUGGAUACACUGCCAGCAACAACUCGAAGAUGGUGUGCAGCGCUCAGGGUGUGUGGGUGCCCCCUGAUGGCAUGGAGGCCCCCCUUUGCAUCGCAAACUUUUGCCUAUGCCCACCUGAGGUUCCCCACGCGAUUUUAGAUUCAGUCAACAAACCCAAAUAUGCCAGCAACACUGAGGUGAGCUAUAAAUGUGAAGAGGGUUUCAUGCUAAACACCACUGCCACGCUCCGAUGCUUGUUAGGAGGGAAGUGGGAGCCUUCGCCAUUUGAGAUUGGCUGUGUGCCAGUAAGGUGCUCCAAACCUGAGAGCAUCGAUCGAGGGUACGUGAGAGGAACCAACUACAGCUUUGGAGCCGUGGUGGCGUACAGCUGUGAGACAGGGUACCUGAUUCGAGGGGAGAAGAGGAGGAUCUGCAAGGCUAAUGGAGAGUGGGGAGGAGUUCUGCCCGCUUGUGUUCCUGUGUCCUGUUCCUCCCCACCCGCACUGCACAAUGGAUACAUCCAUGUCAGAACUCGAUACACCUUUAACAACAAGGUGAGAUAUGCCUGUAAUGCAGGCUACAAGCUGGUAGGUGGGCCAGAGCGAAUUUGUCAAGCCAACCGACAGUGGUCCAACAAUGACCCUCCUACCUGUGUCCUUUUGACCUGCAACCCUCCUCCUGAUGUUGUUCAUGGAUACUAUAAAGGCUCUGCCUUCCGUGUGGGCAGCAAAGUGGAAUAUUUCUGUGAUGAGGGUUAUGAGCCGGGAAGAAAUGCUGUCUGGACCUGCCUCAAGAACGGAGAGUGGGAUCAGCCCAGUCCUCCACGCUGCUCUCCAGUCAAGUGUCCGGAGCCGCCUCUAGAGGAGAGCCACCUGGUCUUGAAGAGCCUGGACUCUGAAUCUGGAACUGUGGAGUUAUCCUGUGAUGAUGGCUUUGUUCUGGAGGGGGCUAACGUACUUCGAUGCACUCCGUCUCAGGAGUGGAAUGACACCUUUCCGGUGUGCAAGGAAGUUUUUUGUGGACCUCCACCUGAGGUGUCUUUUGGUGUUCCAUCCAACCCCUAUCCCCCAUUUCCUUUCAGCUUGGCGGUCACCUACACAUGCAUGGGGGGUUUUACUUUCAGAAAAGAACACUCUGUGUCUUGUCUAGCCACUUCCCAGUGGAGCACUCCCUAUCCAGAAUGCAUCCCAGUUGAAUGUCCUCAGCCUGUAGAGAUUUCCAAUGGAAUUGUUGAUGUCCAGGGUCUGAUGUACCUCAGUAAAGCACUGUAUAGCUGCAAGACUGGAUAUAAUUUAGUGGGAAACUCCACUGUUCUUUGUGGAGAGAGUGGUGCAUGGAUUGGUGUGGUCCCUUCCUGUCGCCCAGUAGAAUGCUCCAUUCCUAAACAGAUAGCCAGGGGGAAAGUGGUUUAUACAAAACUCCAGUAUGGUCAUAGUGCCACCUACUCCUGCCACCGCGGUUUCCAGCUCCACGGCCCAGAGACUCUAAAGUGCUUGGCUGAUGGGGAAUGGGAUUCAGAGCUUCCUGUCUGUGUCCAGAUAUCAUGCACUCUGCCCCAACCAAUCGAAAAUGGUUUUGUUGAGGGUCAGGAUCAUAGUUUUGGUGUCACUAUUUUCUACAGCUGUUUCCCAGGGUUCCAGCUUGUUGGGCAGGAUCAUCUUACCUGUGAGGAAUCUGGCUGGUCUAGUUCGGUUCCUAUGUGUGUACCCUCAGACUGUGGACUGCCUCCUCAUAUUGACUUUGGGGACUAUGUCAGAGUGAUGGACUUGACUGCUGCUCCUAAAGACACCAUACCAGCUUCUUCCUUAGACUUAAACUUUCUUCAUGAGACACUGAUUGAGUAUCGCUGUCAUCCAGGUUACAAUAUCAGCAGGCGCACCAGGCUGGUGUGUCAGGAUGACGGAGGCUGGAAUGGGACAGCCCCAUCAUGCAUCUCAGCAGAGUGCGAAACACCCAGCAAUCCAGAGCAUGGCAUUGUAAAUGUGACUACUUCUCCGAUUGGCAGUGUGGCCAGUUAUGCUUGUGAGGAAGGGUAUGAGCUUGUGGGAGAGCCUGUAAGACGGUGUGUAUCAGGUCAACUUUGGACCAGUGACGCCCCAGUUUGUCGACCUGUAUCCUGUGGCGAUCCUGGUGUUGUUGCUAAUUGUACAACCCACGGGAGGGAAUUUGUUUACCCUGAAGUUUUGAACUUUGAGUGUUAUCCUGGAUUUGUCCUAAAGGGUACGGACACCAUUGCUUGCCAGGCAGACGGAAAGUGGAAUGGACAAAAGCCACGCUGUGAGCCACUGUCCUGUGGCCCCCCAACAGUACCUAGUGACAUCACUGUUCAAGGAAAAGAGUACACCUAUAAUAAGGAAGUUGAACUGAGAUGUCAACCUGGUUUCAUCGUAAAAGGAACAUCUAGAAGUGUUUGCCGGGCUGAUGGCACCUGGAGCCAUGGUCACCUUUCUUGUGUACCAGCUCAUUGUGGAAAGCCCUCUUCCAUACCCCAUGGCCAUGUGAUAGGGUCAGAAUUUGGUUACAACAGCAAAGUUAAGUAUGAAUGCGAUGAAGGAUUCAAGCUCAAUGGAGAACCUACACUUUUUUGUCAGUCAGAUGGAUUGUGGGACAAACCCCCACCCCGAUGUGACAUCAUUAGCUGCGACCCACCUGAGGACAUCAGUCACGGCUUUGUGAAUGGCUCAGGGUUCAACUAUAACAAUGUAGUGGAGUACGUCUGUUUUGAAGGAUAUGAGGUAGUUGGCGAUCCCAUCUUGCGGUGCUCGGCUCAGGGACUCUGGGUGGGUUCUGUUCCUCAGUGUCAACCCUGUGCCUGUUCGCCACCUGAGGUUCGAUUUGGGAUGGUCACAGGCACUGGCAAAGCCUGUGGAGACCGAGUGCAGUUCAGCUGUGAUCAGGGCUACAAACUGCUGGGUCCCUCUCAGGCAGUAUGUGAUAAGGGAGGAGUGUGGAGCCCCGGGGUGCCAGUGUGUGGCAGGGGGAGAUGCAGUGUUGCCCCACCUGAGGCCCCCAAUGCAGUACUACAGGGUGGUAUAGCUACCUUUCCUGAAACAGUCACAUAUAAGUGUCGACUGGGCUACCUGCUGAAAGGGUCCCCAGUGCUCUCCUGUGGAAGAGAUGGCAGAUGGGGGGAACCGAGAAUCCACUGUGAGCCUGUAAGCUGUGGAAAACCACCUGUGGUAGCCCAUGGUCAGGUGGUGGGAGAUGUCUUCACCUUCCCUAACCAGGUCACAUACAGAUGUGAGGAUGGAUAUGAAUUGGCAACAAAAAGAGCUUCUCUUUCCUGUCAGAGUGAUGGCACUUGGUCCAAACAUAGCAUUCAGUGCCUCCCCGCCCCAUGCCUGCUACCCAACAACAUCUCCAUCUCCCAUCUGCGAAUCAGCGGGAGGGAGCUCACUCCUGUCGGGGCCACCAUCACCCUCUCAUGUCCUACUGGCUUCUACCUCCAGGGGUCAGCAUUAGCAGAGUGUCAGAUGGGAGGAACCUGGUCUCCGAGCAUCCUCACAGUUUCCUGUGAGAUGGUGGUGUGUGAGAAACCUUCUCCUCUUCUUCACGGUGUCAUGGAGGGUGAUAGCUACAACUAUGGAGACCUUGUCCUGUACUCCUGCCUGUCUGGCUUCGAUUUGAAGGGAGACUCGGUCCAGACGUGCCAAGGAGAUGGAACAUGGAGUGGGACGCAGCCAGUGUGUGUUGCGUCAGCACGCUCCUGUGGGCCUCCACCUGUUGUAAGAAAUGCUUACAUCCAAACAACAGGAGAGACACAUCUGCACAAUGUCACCUACGUUUGCAAUGUGGGGCUGCAGCUAGUCGGACCAAAAACUCUCACCUGUCUGGUUAACGGCACCUGGAACAUGACGCCACCUACAUGUGAAGAGGUCAGAGGUUGCGACGGCCCCAAACAGGUUCUGCAUGGCAGAGUGCAGGAGCACAACCUGAGCUCCAGACGCGCUUUGGAGUUCCAAUGUGAUCGAGGCUACAACCUGGUGGGAGAUGGUCUGGUGAUGUGUAUCGGGGGAAACACUUGGAGUUCAACUUUCCCCAUCUGUCAAGCGAAGUCUUGCCCGCCUCCCCCGGGCUGGAUUAAAGGCACUAAAAGUGACAGCUCGCAGCAGGAGUUUCGUGUUGGACAGUCUGUCCGUGUUACCUGCCCCAAGGGACAGCAGGUGAAAGGUGGUGGCACCAUCACCUGCAGGCCAGACCAGACCUGGACCCCCCUCAAUUCAGUGUGUGAAAGGGUGUCCUGUGGCCCCCCACUCCAUGUGACCAACGGGUUGGUACGGGGGGCGGUGUUCCAGUUCGGGGACGUGGCGGUGUACUCAUGUUUCAGCGGCUACACCAUGGAGGGCGUUGGAAGGAGCAGGUGUCAGGAAAACGGCACCUGGACGCCCCCUCCUACAUGCAGAGCUGUGUGUUGGCUGCAUUGUCAGAAUGGAGGCGUGUGCCAGCGGCCCAACAUCUGCGCCUGCCCAGAGGGGUGGAUGGGUCGACUCUGUGAGGAGCCUAUCUGCAUCCUGCCGUGUCUGAACGGAGGGCACUGCGUGGCACCGUACCGGUGUGAGUGUCCUGCGGGGUGGACAGGCACCCGAUGUCACACUGCUGUGUGUUCAUCGCCGUGUCUGAACGGAGGAAGAUGCAUCAGGCCGAACAGAUGUAGCUGCACUCCUGGUUGGAGCGGACAUAACUGCUCCAGGAAGAGGAAGUCGGUAUAUUACCACUUCUGAAACCUUCACUCAUCUUCGUGUGGAACAUCUAAUGAAGGGGAUUGUUGUAUAAAUGACACGUGUAAACCAUUCACCCAUCUCUGCACAGGCAAAGCAAGAACCAUUCUGUAAAUUAAAGCUGUAUUUUUUUCAUAUACAGACUCAACAGUAUUAAACAUUUGCUGCUAUAUACCUGUAUGAUGUGUAAAAACAAUUUGAUGUCAUGGUCCAGUGUAUAUGUGUAAACUAUUCACCUUUUUAUUAAAGCAUAAAAUGCCUCUAAAAACACUUUGAUUUAUGUUUAUGUAAGUCACUGUUUUAUUGUUUUUAAAUACAAUAAUGUUACAAGCAUUUUACAGUUGAAAGAUGUUUACAUAUAUGGCACAGAUAGACACAAAACCUUUUAUUCCUUACUGCCUGACAUUAAAUCACACUUAACAUUCCCUGUUCUAGCCCAGUUAGGAUUACCUAAAUUAUUUCUAUUUGCUAAAUGCCAGAAAAGUAUAAGAGAGCAUUUUAUUAGAGGGCUUUGGUGACGACCAAUGCAAAAUCAUUGUAUUUUGUUGUCUUAAACCGCGUUGUAUUUAAUUUGGUGGUACGUCAGGAUCAUUGUCCAUUUGGAAGACGAUUUUGUUCCCAAGCUUUGACUUCCUUGCUGAUGUCUUGAGAUGUUACUUUAAUAUUUCCAUAUUAUGUUCUGUCCUCAUGAUGCCAUCUACUCUGUAAAGGACACCUGUCUCUCAUGCAGUAAAGCACCCACACAAGAUGAUGCUGCCAACACCAUACUUCACAAUUGUGAUAUUGUUCUCAGGUUUGCAAGCAUCUCCAUUCUUCCUCCAAAUUUAACAAUAGUCAUUAUAGCCAAACAGUUCGAUUUCAGUUCCAUCAAACCACAAAACAUCUCUCCAAAAAUAAAGGUCUCUGCUCUAAUGUA